AACAUCUUAAGAAGCCAGAUGGGUGUUUCCCUCAGUCCGGGCCCAUGCAGAGCUAUAUAUAAGCAUGUCUGAAAAAGCAAUUUACUGUAGGAUAUACAACACAAGAUGCAUUCUUUUCUUAGACUGACGGUGCUCCUGGCGAUUUUCAUCUGUUCCGAGGGGAACUCUCUCUCCCGUAUCAUAGGAGGGCAAAGCAUUCCUAUAUCGGAUGUUCCAUGGCAAGCUUCAUUGCAACGUCUAGGUUCACACAUUUGUGGGGCGUCUUUCAUUCACAACAAAUGGCUGGUUACUGCUGCUCACUGCGUCAACAACCAAAACAAGAAUGAUCUCUCAGUUGGGUAUGGCGAUGCUGACAAGAGGAACCACAAAACAGCCUCUAUUUUAAGCAUAACCAUGCAUCCACAGUACGAGGAAAAUGGAUCGAAAGGAUAUCCGAACGAUGUUGCCUUGCUCGAACUUACUAGCCCUGUGUCAUUUGACAGCAACACAAACAAGGUCGCUCUACCACGCAGCAGUAACACACUGACAAAUUGCGCCAUUACCGGAUGGGGUUGCACGAACAAUAUUCUUGGAUUUUGCACCAGUACGCCAAACCUCCUGCAAGGCACGACAAUAACUAAAAUACAGCCAGACGCUUGCAAGUCCCUGUGGAGCGAUACCCAGAUUCAGGCGAUACAUGUCUGCGUCAAUGAAGCCGACAAAUCGGGAUGCAACGGUGACUCUGGUGGACCUUUGUCAUGUUACCAAGAUGGUGGCAUUGUACUUGCUGGAGCAACAUCCUGGGGAUCCAGCACCUGCUCUUCAGAUUAUCCUACAGUCUACGCUCGCAUCAGCGAGUUCGUCGGAUGGAUUGAUGCAACUACUGGAUAUGUACUGUAAAAGACAUGCAUGUUUUGCAAAAAUUAUUGGGAAAAACAAUUUCCUUUCUUUUCUUUUCUGAUCUGAAUUGAUAAAAUAAACUCGUCGCAAAACAAAUAAA